AUGUUUGCACAGUCUUUGAAUUUGCUAGUAGUCGCAAUUCUAUAUAUCAGCUCAUUUGCCAGCGCUCAUAAUGUUUUACUGCCAGCUAAUGGUCGUAGAUGUUUCUAUGAGAAUUUGAAGAAAGAUGAUGAAUUCACAGUUUCGUUUCAAUAUGGUAAUAGAGAUUCUGAAUCUAAUGAAGAAUUACGUGGUGAUUUGGUUAUUUUUGGACAAAACAGAAACGAUAUCUUGGUUUCUAUAAGAGAUGUCACCUAUGGUGAACAGACCUUAACUGCUCCUUACACUGGGAAAUUUGAAUACUGUUUCUUGAAUGAACGUUCGGGCGUAGCUACUAAAGACGUAUCUUUCAACAUUUGGGGUACUAAGUUUGUCGACGUUAAUGAUGAAGACGACACUUUGGAAGGCUCCGUUAGAAAGUUGACUAGAUUAAUAAACGAAGUCAAAAAUGAACAAGAGUAUUUGAUAUUAAGAGAGAGAACUCAUAGAAAUACAGCAGAAUCUACGAAUGAUAGGGUAAAAUGGUGGUCAAUAGCCCAAUUAGGUGUCGUUGUAGUGAACACGGUGUUCCAAAUAUUCUACCUAAAGAGGUUCUUUGAAGUCACUUCUAUUGUUUAA